AAAGAAAAAACCCUUUCCAGUUUGUACUUUUGUUCUCUGACUCUACAGACUGACAGGUUACUGAGGCACACCAGAUUUUUGAGGAUCCGCUGCGUGGCUCUUGAAAAGCGUUGAUUUCUUGGGUAACCCGUAAUUGAAAUGUUUUCCCUGUGUGAGUUCUUCUUUGAUAUCCUGGAUGCUACUGUAGUACUGCGGAACUUUCGCUCCGACUGAUCGAUGGUCGAUGGAUAAGACAUUUUCACGCAGCUCUAUGGGAUCUCGGUCGCUCCAUGGAUUGCAGGGAUUGUGACUCUCCGAUUUGGAUGUUGUUUGUGCCGUGCAACAGCUGACCUUUGCAUUGUUCGAAGCCAUGAAUCUACAAUUACGGCGAGCUGUGUAUAAGGCAGAAGGAUUCGAUCGGGACGAUAUCGUAACUUGCCCGAUCGUUCCGGAGCAUAAGCUGAAACGUAAAACACUGCCUUAUCACAUCCCUGAUUGUAAAGCGAAAUAUGGAAAAGGGUUCUUGCAAUGCCAGUUCUCGCAGCUGCAUUACUUCAAAACCAAGGAAGAUCUGGAUAAUCAUGAACGUUUAUGUCCAAUGAAGCGGCAGUUCACUAGUGGUUUAAUUGCACCAGCUCCGGCAUAUAACCGAGUCGACGAUGGCGAUACGAUUUCUCCCCUUCGUCGUUACCUCGCGGAUUCAAUGGUCAAUCAAGUUAAAAAGGUGCACCUUUCCGGUCUAUCAGUUAACAUCGAUGUUGCCGAAUUUGGCAGUAUUUCGGAUGCCACACGAGCACGCAUUCCGAUGUGGAAUGAUCUUAGCAAACGAGUAUUGCUUUCCCGUUACCGUACUGAACGACUGCCUCAAGUGAGCGAAUCUCCAUCAAAAAAUGCCAGUGGCAAGCGUCUUCAGGCGGUGGAAGAAGAGGCCGAUGGAAUAAAUGAAGAGGCAAUCAUUAUGGAAGAAUCCUUCGUUAAACUUAGUGAAGUUCAUUGCGGAAUGCGCUUUCCAAGUUCCUCGGAUCCGGGCUGGGAUCUCUUGGAGAAUUCUUCCGAAAAUGACGAAGCGGAUGGCUCCUCUACUGCUCGAUUCCUUCAGGAUAUGUCCACCUACCGGUUUGCUAUUAUGGGUAAACCGCGGCUUGAAGACGAGCGGGACGCUUGUGCCGCACCAGAAGACUACAUUCCAGAUUUAAAUACGAUUCCCAAAUCGUUCCGGUCUAUUAUGAAAAGGAAGUUGGAUCGUGAUCUUAACAUUUACAAAACGGGAAUGAACCCCCGGUACAAUAAGUCUCUUGAUCGUCCAAAUGCCUUCCGGAGAAAUGGGCCGGCACCGCGACAGUUUGAAGAGCUUGCAGCGUGGUACGAGGAUCUUAUUAUUAAGCCCAGUCAAAAGCAGGAUGCUAAUUCCACCACAGACCAGUCGCCUGGCGCAUAAUGGUUUGGCUAGCGCCCCAGCGCCAAAAAAUUUUGUCUCUUCUGAAUUCCUGAUUUGAUUAUCGUUAUGAGACGGCUUCAACCUUCCGGUUUGUUGGACGUCUUUUAGACGCUAGUGAUGGUGAUGUUUGCGUUGUGUAGUUCUAUUUCUUUUGUUUGGCUUAAGUAUUUAUAAACACUACUUCUAUUGAUUGAAUGGGUUUAGUAAUAAAUUUUCGUUAAAUU